CCGGGCAGCCACGCGAACACUCUAGUGCUCCCUGACAGGAGACAUACUUCUGGAGAGGUAAGACAUUUUUGGUGAAAACCCUGGCUUGUUUCCGCAAGAAGUGUUACUUAUAUGCCCGUUAAUUAAUUAGAUCAGUCAAUCAAGUAUGCGCAUUGUUUGUUUGGCAUCGUGGUUCAGGAUGCUUGACUUUCACCCAGCUGUAAUUUUGAUCGAACUGUAUGUCCUUUUGAGAAUAGUUGUAUGUUGAAGAACAGCUGUUAAUAUAUAUUAGCAUAUAUGCUUCACUCAUCCUUUUGUUAUUCCGUGGUCUCCUUCCUGUUCACUACUCAACUAUACUCAAACCCAUACCAGUAUGACAGCAUACUUAGAUUCAUAAAAUUGCUUUCGCACUUUCACUUUAUCCAUCAAGUCAUUGAUUAACUUUUUGGGCUACAGUGAUGUAAUCUAAAAUCCUUCAUGAGGUUUAACGCAAUUAUAAGUGGCGUCAUUCGCUGUCCAUGGUGCUGAGAUUUUCUGCUAUGAUGUCCAGAUACGAGAUUGUCAAAAAAAGUCAAACCACUACUUUGUUAAAAGCAGGUAAUUCCCACUUUUAUGUUUACGACUAUGAACUAAAUGGUAUUCACCGUGAUCACAUGGAAUCAUGGUAUAUUGCCUCUCCAUUCCAUUAGGUUUAAAAUGGUAUGUAAUGCACUUUUAUUUUUAUUUUAUGAUCUCAUGCUCAGCAGGCAAUAUACAUGUUUAACCGCAUCGGACGUCAGAUAAAAAUAUUUUUUAUAUUUAAAGUGUGUUUGCAUUGACACGUCAGCUCGCAUGGUGUCACUGCUUGUGAACGUGAACGACUCUCGGUUGAACAUCCUCUACGUCAGUAGUUCAGUGCUGUUUCGCGUCAGGGUGCACUUGUGCUUCAGGGCAACGGCUUCACAUAUUUGAGUCGUUCACCAACAAUUGUCGAAUAUUGGCAACCUUUUUUGUUCAAAAUGUGUGUUCCUGUGUAGAAUCACAUUUUUAUUUCUAACCUUUUUUUUUUUUUAAUCCAAUAUGGCACGAGGAGGAUACAAAGCGUGGUUGGGGCGCCUGGCCGUUCUCAUUCUUUGUUUGAUUCUUACUUUUAAUAUUACUUCAGCACAGCUACGAUACUCGAUUCCUGAGGAGCUUACGGUGGGUGCUGUUGUUGGGAAUAUCGCUAAAGAUUUGGGGCUGGAUACCAGUGCUCUGAAUGCCAGAGGAUUUCGCAUCGUUUCCGGAUCGACCGAACCCUUGUUCCAACUCAACAAUAACGGCAUCUUACAUUUAAACCGAAAAAUUGACAGAGAAGAAGUAUGCCAACGGAUCAGCACCUGCAUUAUCAACAUAAAGACUGUGUUGGAGAAUCCGUUAGAGGUGCAUUACGUCUCAAUUGAGGUUUUAGACGUAAACGACCACUCCCCCACCUUCUCCGAAAACGAGACGCAUUUAGAGAUAUCAGAGUCUGCUUUACCUGGGGCGCGAUUUCAACUACAAGGUGCCCAUGAUCCAGACAGUGACAUGUAUUCGAUCCAACUGUAUAAGCUCAGUCAAAAUGACCAUUUUCGCCUGGAGGUUAAAGAUGGAGAGGAUGGUAAAAUUCCUGUUUUGUAUUUGCAUAAACCGCUGGAUAAAGAAACCGCAAGAAGUCACAGGUUACUGCUGACAGCCGUUGAUGGAGGAAAGCCUGCUAAGUCAGGAACUCUGAGAAUCAUCGUUCAUGUUUUGGAUGUAAAUGACAAUAUGCCGGUUUUCGCUAGGGACUCAUAUGCUGCCGUGCUGAAAGAAAAUUCACCCAUUGGCACAACUAUCAUGCAAGUAAACGCCACUGAUUUAGAUGAUGGCUUAAAUGGGGAGGUGGUCUAUUCAUUCAGCAAUAAUGUAAACAAUAAAUUACGUAAACUUUUUGAAGUGGACGCUAAUACUGGUGAAAUCAUUGUUAAAGGACUGAUAGAUUUUGAAGCAAAAGACAAGUAUGAAAUUAACAUUAAAGCAUCUGAUAAAGGACCAGUCCCACUAGCAACAGAAAAAAGUGUUGUAAUUACUAUUGUGGACCUGAAUGACAACGCACCUGAGAUUGAGGUGACAUCCUUUUCAAGUGCAAUUCCUGAGGAUUCCAAACCUGGAACGACAGUAGCGUUGAUAAGUGUGACUGAUAAUGAUUCAGGUCUAAAUGGAAAGGUAAUCUGUCAUAUCAGUGAGGACGUACUUUUUACAUUAACACCAUCUUUACAAGACAAUAUGUACUCUAUAGUCACCAAAUCUCUGCUGGAUAGAGAGCAUCAGUCCAAGUAUGAUGUAACCAUAACUUGUAAAGAUGCUGGUGAAAAAACGUUGUCAUCUUAUAGGACAAUUAGUGUCACUGUAUCAGAUGUGAAUGAUAACAGUCCAGAGUUUUCAACAAAUCCGUAUACUUUUUAUGUUAUUGAAAACAAUGUUGCAGGAGCCUCUUUAUUUUCAGUGAGUGCUUAUGAUUAUGAUGAGGGUGAUAAUGCACUCAUAUUAUACAACAUUUUGAGAAAUGGUAAUGAAAACAAAAAAAUCACAUCAUUUCUUAACAUUAACUCUGAAAAUGGAGAUAUUUUGGCACUAAAAAGUUUUGAC